AUGGUUCAAUUGCAAGAUGCACAGAAAGGUGCUGAAGUUACUUCUGAAUCAACUGAGAGGGAGCUUGAACUUGAAGCUCAACUUGUUGAGGCCAGGAGCAUACUCCAAGAGCAGGGUAUUACAUUUGAGCUAGACGAUGAGAUGGCUGCAGAUGAUGAUGAUCGGGAGGUGUUACAGGAUAUAAUAAACAACACCUCCGUUAAGCGAAGGGAACCUAAAUCUCCUAAAGAUAUCUAUAAGGCACACUUGCUUGAAGGCCGUGCUAGUGCUGGUGCAAGUGUUGACUCGGCUAGACAGAACCUUGCUGCCACCUUUGUUAAUGCUUUUGUAAAUGCUGGCUUUGGUCAGGAUAAGUUAAUGACAGUCCCAUCAGACAGUUCUAGUGGUGGCUCUUCUGCCAACUGGCUUUUCAAAAAUAAGGAACAUGGAAAGACUAGUGCUGCAGCAAGUCUUAGUAUGAUUUUACUGUGGGAUGUUGACGCUGGACUUGCCCAAAUUGACAAGUACUUCCACCUAAGUGACAACCAUGUUAUUUCUGGUGCAUUAUUAGGAGUUGGGAUUGUGAACUGUGGCAUCAAGAAUGAUUGUGAUCCUGCUCUGGCACUUCUAGGUGAUUACGUAGAUAAGACUAUCCUAGAAAUUUUAGCAGUACUUUAAAAUGUAUCAAGCUAC